AACACACAUUUCCUCUUUCACUAAAAAAAUGUAUGAACAUUCUUACUUUUCGACUAUCAAAUCAAAACUGUAAAUUUUUUAAAGAAAAAAAAAUCAAAUUUGUUUAACGAAAUCGAUUCCCCACUGAAUCCCGAUGCCAAUCACUUCUUUUUCACUGUUCCGCAGCCGUUUACCCGCCAUAACCACCGUUCUCCGCCGUCACUCACCACCCUACCGCCACCUCUUUAUCCUCUCCGCCAAACAGACCCCUUCUAAUUCAAGACAAAACGUAUCCAAGAAACCCCAACCCAACAAGAACCUCCUCAAGGCUAAACACACCUUCAAAGAUUACUCCUCUUUAGCUCCCGUCCUUGCCCCUAAUGAAACUCCAUCUCUUUCCGAUUCUCAAGCCGUCGGCGCCGUUGCCGCUGCUCAAGCCAAUUUCAUGCGGGUCAUAGUUCAACGGGAACCGGAGGAUGGUAUGAAAACUGGGUUGGAGUUGCUUUGUGUGGUGAGGGCAGUUUUGAAGAAGAUAAAGAGGAGGGUUUUGGUUGGGGAUAAGGUGGUGGUUGGUUCGAUUGAUUGGGUGGAACGGCGUGGGGUUAUUGAGAAUGUGUUUCAACGGAGUUCUGAGAUUGUUGAUCCGCCGGUUGCUAAUGUUGAUCGCUUGCUCGUGCUUUUCUCUAUGGAACAGCCGCCGGUGGAGCCGUUUAUGCUUACGAGAUUCUUGGUUGAAGCUGAGUCUUAUAGUAUUCCACUCACGCUUGCUUUGAACAAAACGGAACUCGUUGAUGAAGAGACUCUUUUCGCAUGGAAGAAUAGGUUGCGAAGCUGGGGAUAUGAACCGGUCUUUUGCAGUGUUGAGACCAAAAACGGACUUGAUUCUCUUGCAUUUUACUUGAGGGAUCAAACAACUGUAAUUGUUGGUCCUAGUGGGGUUGGGAAAUCAAGCCUUAUCAAUGUUCUCCGAAGUGAUCACCGCACUCCUGAUUCCCUUGAAGGAGAUAAUUUGUUUGAUCCUAUUUCAGGCAGCAAGUGGUUUGAAGAUCAGAGGGUUGGGGAGGUCUCAACAAGAAGUGGCAGAGGGAAACACACUACGCGACAUGUUUCGUUGCUUCCACUAUUGGGAGGGGGCUAUGUUGCCGAUACUCCGGGGUUUAAUCAACCUAGCUUGUUGAAAGUGACAAAGCAAUCUCUUGCACAAGCUUUCCCCGAGAUUCGGAAAAUGCUAAAAGACAGUGAACCUGCAAAAUGCUCAUUCAAUGAUUGCUUACAUCUUGGUGAACCUGGGUGCAUUGUGAAAGGGGAUUGGGAAAGAUAUCCAUACUAUUUCCAACUUCUCGAUGAGAUCCGGAUCAGAGAGGAAUUUCAGUUGAGGACAUUCGGGACCAAGAGAGAAGGUGAUGUCAGGUACAAAGUGGGAGAUAUGGGUGUUCAGCAAGCUGAACCUCGAUUGGAACCGAAGAAACAUCGAAGGCAAUCGCGGAAAAGGAUUAACCAGUCGUUAUUAGAUGAAUUAGAUGAACUUGAGGAUGAUGAUGAUAGCUUAGACUUAGAAAAUGACCCAAUUGUUAGAGCAAUAGAGAAUGAAAACCAGUAGGUGUUAUGAAGGUGUCCAUAUCAGAAGUUAGAUUGUAUUUUGUUUUUUUACUUAAAAAAUGGGUAAAUUAAUCUCAAUAUCUUAGAUAAAAGAAUAAAUCAUUUCCAAUAAAAUUUUUAUUCAUUGAUACUAUUAAAA